AUGGCUAAACCUGUGAUGAUUAGUGUCUUGGAGUGCGAUAAUCACAUUGACCCCGACAGAUCGAAGUGGGGAGGUUAUGGCCCUCUUGUUUCCAAAUGGCUCAGGUCAAACGAUCGUUUGCAAGAACUCGCACAAAUACGUGUCUGGGAUGUCAAGAAUGCCAUGGACUAUCCGGAGCCAGGGGAUUACGAUGUGCUCAUAAUUACUGGUGCACCCGCAAACCCAGAAGGCGAGGAACCCUGGUUGGUGAAGCUCCGGGAGUAUAUCGAAAAAGAAGUCGAAACAGCAUCUCAUCAAAGGUUUGUCGGCUUUUGCUUCGGUCACCAGAUCUUGGCUAUGGCGUACGGGCUGUCCGUUGAAUGCAAUGACUCCGGGUCAAAGAUCAAGACUUGGGACAAUUCCAUAAUCUCGGCUCGACGGAUCAUACUCGCAUACAAGGUCUCUUUCUUCCUAAACGCCUUUGGUCGCUCCAAGCGCACCCCGAAUUUGACGCUGAAGCAUUAG